CCCGGUACUUCGUUUGCAAGUUUUUUUCCUGUUGUGUAAUAAAAGUGAAUUUUGUCUAAAUAAACACAAUGGAUCUCGAAAUGGAAUUGCAACAUAAAGGAAAAGACGAUUUUAUACCAAGAGAUUAUCAACUUACCAUAAUGGAGAUAGGUAUUAAAAGAAAUUCAAUUAUUUUCUUACCAACGGGUACAGGGAAAACUUUAAUUGCUGUGAUGAUAUUAAAACGUUUAGCGGAACCUCUACAAAGACCCCUUAGUCAAGGAGGAAAAGUGAGCGUUAUGUUAGUAACUACCGUAGCCUUAGUCGAUCAACAAUCGAAAUAUCUAAAAGCGUUAACAGAUCAAGACGUUGCUGCCUAUAGCGGCGACAUGAAUGUGGAUUAUUGGAGCGAUAGUACAUGGAGAGAUCAACUUGAACACAAUCAAGUGUUGGUUAUGACUACCCAGAUACUUGUAAAUAUACUUCAACGUUCACUAUUAAGUUUAAAUGAUGUGAAUUUGUUAAUCUUUGAUGAAUGCCACAACGGCGUAGGUGAUCAUCCCAUGACACAAGUGAUGUCGUAUUAUCCGAAUUUGAGAGACCCACCACGUGUGAUAGGGCUGUCAGCCACAUUGCUUAACAGAAAAUGUACGCCCGCCGAAGUUCUAAAAGAAGUUAGUGUAUUGGAACGUACUUUUCAUAGCAAAGUGGUUACUGUACCUGAUUUAGAGUGUCUGACAGGAUACUCUACAAAUCCGCAAGAAGAAAUACGUGUCUUUUCGUCUCAUACACCUUCGGAGGUGGAUGGGCUAGCAAUCCGAUGUUUAAAAGAUUUAAUCAGUGUUGUGAAAAAAAUCAACGUAGAUAAGACAUCCAUCUCUCCUCCAAAACCAAACCUGCACCCACUUAAUAAUGAUUCCGAAUUUAAGGAAGUAAUAUACCUAAUUAACGAUGUAGUACACCACAUUCAAUAUUUCGGAAGUUACUGUGGCGAGAUUGCCGCUGCCGCUCACAUUAUUCAAUUGGAACGAAUUAGAAAGCAUUGUCAAGACGAGAGGUUCAGAACUGCAAUUGAUGCGGUGAAGUCAACUUUUCAAACGGUUAGAACUAUGUAUCAGAUAGUAAUGAAGUCUACGAAUCAACCUGAACGUAUUUACAAAUUUUCAUCUCCGCACGUAAAUAAGCUAUUCCACGUUUUGGAAGAAUAUGAUCAUAACGCCAAGGUUCCGUUAUGCGGAAUAAUAUUCGUCCAAAGAAGAUUUACCGCAAAAGUUAUUUAUAAUGUGCUAAAAGAUUUGAAGGAAACUGAUCCUCGUUUUUCUUUUAUUAAUCCUAAUUUUAUUGUGGGCUUCAAUGUUAACGCUUACAACAACACCCGUGAGGGCUUAUAUACUAACAAAAUGAAUAAAAUCAUUCUGCAUGAUUUCAAAACUAAGAAGGUUAAUUUAUUGGUAGCUUCGAACGUUUUGGAAGAAGGGGUUGACAUUCCGACAUGCACUUUGGUAGUUAAAUUUUGUGCUGUAACUAAUUACUGUGCAUAUAUUCAAUCAAAAGGAAGAGCACGCCACCUAAAUAGUUUAUAUUACAUGUUGGUGAAUGAAGAUGAAUCCAAUGAAUUUUUCAGGUCAUAUCAAAAGUUUCAAAAAGUAGAAGACAUACUAAAUUUGCACCUACAUGGAAAUUAUCAGGAUGCAGAGGAACCGAUUGGGGAUGCAGAUCAGUUGGAUGGUGAGCUAAUCCCUCCAUACUAUGUGGAUGGACCAGAUUCUCCACAAGUCAAUUUCUUAACUGCUAUACCUCUUUUAUGCUUGUACUGCUCACAUCUUCCGGCUGAUAAAUACACAACGUAUACGCCAAACUGGUUUGUAGAUAAAUGUCCAAACACUCUAAACUAUCGAGUCACAAUUGAGCUUCCACCAGUUAGUGGUGUUUUAGAUCCAAUAGAAGGACCAUUCACGCACUCGAAGAAGCUUGCAAAAAGAGCUGCAGCUUUAGAGACUUGUAAGAUAUUGCAUCAAAGAGGUGAAUUGGAUAACAAACUAUUACCCAGAAAUCGCGCGGUAGCACAAAACAAUUUUGGUUACUAUUUUAACCAUUGGCCAAAGAUCCAGGAAAGUGAUGUGGGAAAAACAAACAAACAAAGAUUAUAUACUAAGAGAAUACCCAAUGCUUGCAAGGGGUGCAUAAUCCCAAACAAAGAGGUGUAUCUUCAUAUCAUCGAAUUACAACCGAUAUUUUCUAAUAAAGGAGACCUGGAAGUGAUAUAUAAUCUCUAUCAGUCUCAUUUAUGCUAUGGGUUUCUUUCUGCCCAGCGGUUACCAAAAUUGUGCCAAUUUUUAUUAUACGUUUCAGCUGGAGAGAUAUUAGUUAAUCUUAAGCUCAAUUAUAAGCAGGUUACCUUGACCGAGGAGAACAUUUCACACUUAAAAGAUUUUCAUCACUUGGUAUUUCGAGAUGUUUUGAGAAUUUUGAAAACAUAUCUAGUGUUGGAUAAUGACGAUGAUACAAAUGGAUUUCUUAUUGUACCUGUUAAGAGGAUAUCUUUAAAUUUCGAAAUAGAUUUCGAAAACUCUAUUAAACACAAGGCCAUUCGGGAUCCAAAGGCUGAGCCUACAGAGCAAAUGAAGUUGUCUUUAAAUGUAACCAAGGAAAAUUAUUGUGGCAGUGUCAUUACUCCAUGGUAUCGCAAAGAUGAUCACCAAUACCUCGUAAUCAAAGUCUCUGACGAAUUGAAUCCGCUGAGCGCCUUUCCUACAGAGGGCUUUGCCACCUACGCAGCUUACUUCAUGGAAAAACACAAGCAAACAAUAAUCAAUAAAAGUCAGCCUUUAGUUUUGGUGAAAGGUAUGUCAAAGAGGUUAAAUUGUCUAAAACCUCGUAGGUCACAUGGUAGAAAAAGUAGCGGUGAUAAAUUUGAACAGUAUUUGAUACCCGAACUUUGCGUAAAGCAAGAUUUUCCAUCCGCAUUAUGGCUGCAAGCCGGUUUGCUGCCAACAAUUUUGAAUAGAAUUGUGUUACUAUUGCAGGCAGAUGAAUUACGCAGUUUAAUUGCAAAAGGGAUUGGACUAGGCAUCCAUGAACUAUCCGAAAAGGAAGAGUGGGCACCGUUACUGUUAGAUAAACAUAUAACGGACGACAUAGAAGAAAGCGCACAUUAUGAAGAAAUCGAGGAAUCGAACAUAACGGAAAUAUCUCAAGAUAAAAUAUUUGGCAGCAUUUCUUUAACAAAGUUAUUACCUGAUUUAACAAUUAAAGAAUUAGCUGCGGAAUGUCCUUGGAAUGAGUUAACCGAACCUGUAGAUAUCGAACGACAACGUGACGUGAAGUUGACUGAUGUGGAAGCUUUUGACAACUUUGUGUCACAAGCGCUACCAAAGGAUCACCAGUUAGCAAAGAAUAAAGUAGCAAAUCGAAAUAAGUGUGAGACGGAUAAUAACCUUUACACUUAUAAACCAUUAAAUUUUUUGAAAAUUAGAGAAAAUAGUAAAGGUGCCGAACUUGUAGAUAUUUUUACUGCACUGACUACGGCAAAAAAUAAUGACAUAGUUAAUUUGGAACGGUUAGAAACUUUGGGUGACUCAUUUUUGAAAUUUACUAUUUCUUUGUUCCUUUUCCUGAAAUAUCCAAGUUUUGAUGAAGGCAUGUUAACCAGUUUUAAAGGAAAAUUAAUUAGUAAUAAGAAUUUAUUUUACAUUGGAAAUAAAAAGGGCAUUAGCGAGUAUGUAAAAGUCGCAGAGUUUGAUCCAACUUCAGAGUGGAAACACCCGCAUUUAAUGUUCCUAAAAUAUUUUGUGCACUCCAAUUCCGCAUACUCGUUUUUAGAUCAGCAAGUUAUAAGGGAUAAGUCGAUCGCCGAUUGUAUUGAAGCACUGUUAGGUGUGUAUUUUCAAGCUCACGGUAUCAAGGGUGGUUUACGAUUUUUAAAGUGGUUAAAUAUUGUACCACAAUUUGAAAAUAUUGACAAUAUGUUUCAAAUGACGCCUCCGAAUCCGGCCUUUGCCAAAGAUGUCGCCAAACGAAAUAUUGAAUACCAUAUACCAGCGUGGGAAAAAGUGCAAGACAAGUUACGUUACACAUUUAAAAAUCGUGCGUAUUUGUUACAAGCUUUAACGCAUGCGUCGUAUAUUUCCAAUAGUAUCACGAAUUGUUAUCAAACUUUGGAGUUUUUGGGGGAUGCUGUAUUAGACUUCUUAAUUACUUGCUACAUAUUUGAAGCUUCUGAAAAUUUGAGUCCGGGUGAUUUAACCGAUUUACGCUCCGCAUUGGUAAAUAACAUCACAUUCGCGUGCUUCACAGUUAGAUGUGGAUUUCAAAAACAUCUGCAGUUUUCAAAUAGGCAAUUAUCAAAAUAUAUAGAUAACUUCGUUCGAUAUCAAGAAUUAAACAAUCACAAGAUCAAUGAGGAAGUACUAACGUUAAUAAGUGAAGGGGAACUACACAUAGGUCAACAUAUUGAUGUGCCAAAGGUUCUUGGAGAUAUGUUUGAGGCUUUGAUAGGUGCUGUCUUCUUGGAUUCUGGUAUGUGUCUUAAAACUACGUGGAAAGUUAUUCAUCGAAUAAUGUGGAAGGAGAUGGAAACGUUUAUGAAAAAUGUUCCAAAACAACCAAUUAGAGUAAUCCACGAGAUGGUUGCGGCUAAUCCAAGGUUUGGAUCAGCUGUUGUUGUCGAUGACGGACACGUUAUUGUACAGUUACAUUUUAUGUUAAAUGGUUCGCAAAAGGUUGUUUAUGGAGCUGGUGGCAGUAAAGCAUCGGCCAAGAAAGCAGCUGCCAAGAUCGCGUUACGACUGUUAAAUAAGUAGUAGUAGUUUUAGGUAUAUUCAAAUGAUUAUUUAUGUGAUAGUUAAUUUGUAAGUAUUUUUUGUCAUAACAUUUUUUAAAUAUAAAUACUAAAACAAAGUAAAAGUGUAAUCGUUUAAAGAUGCUGUAAGUAAAUAUGACGAUGUUUUAUAUUAUGUUUCACUAUUGCAACAGAUAAAUUGGACAAAAACUUUUA